CUUCUGCAGCCGAGCAGUUCCCCAUAUCCGGGUUAGAGAGAAACGGGGGAAGGGAAAAGUUUCAUUUAAAGCUGGACGCAAAAAAAAACUUUCAGCAUGGAGCCCCACUGAGCGCGCAGCGGCAGCAGCGGCAGCCGGGAGGAGGAGGACACUUUCAUCUCGGAUAUUAGUGCAGACGAGCCGGUUUGAUUGCAUUUGCUUUGUUCAGUUCUCUCUUCUUCUUUUUUUGGACGAUACAUUUCUUGUCGGUCACGGUUGGCUCUUAUGUUUCUCCGCGUUUGAGUCACUGCCCGAGAUGUUGGAGUGACCAUGGCCGCGCAAGUGGCAUCAGCCCCGGCUGCUUCUGGCAGCAAGAACAAGGGUCUGUCCGGGGGUUUGGGGCAGGACCUAAACUCUGGGAAAAAGGGAGGAGGAGGAGGACCAAGUCAAGGAGCAGGAGACGUGAGGAAUAAUGUAGAUCACCCUCGCCCUGAUGAGCUGAGCCUGGCUCGCCGAGCUUGCGCCCCUGCCAAUGGAUCCCAGCAGCAAAGUGUCAAAAACAGGACAAGUUCAGGGUCCACCUCGGUGUCUCCGACCAUGGACGCCGGCUUGGUGGCCAACCACAAGCUGAGGAGCGCUGCUGGAGAUCUGCUCCCGCCUCACCAUCCUGCGCCCCUCCACUUCAACCAGCUCCAGCAGCACAAUCAGAGAAGUAACCACCACCACCACCAGGGUCAAGGAGAGUGCGAUAGCCAGCGUGGAGGGAAGGAGCAUGCUUUGGGCGGCCACGCUGACCAGAUGUGGACUAAAAGUGGGGAAGAGAUGCCCCGCAGAGCAGGAGAGCCCAUGGGCGGCAGGUACGAGCAGGGUAACCACAGUGGCCAGGGCCCAGGAGGAAAAGGCACAGGCUCAGACUUCGGUGGUUACUUUAGUGGGAAUUCAAGAACAGGCCCAUGCUUUGAUCAGCAUGGUGGUCAGCAGGGCUUUGGCACCGGUCUGAUGUAUCCCACAGCUGAUCACGUUGAGCCUGGCCCCAACUCCCACGAAGCUUUCCAGGGUGGUCAGUACGGUCCCUUUCCGGGCUACCGGCCCAGUUAUGGCAUGCUGGGCCAGAGCGGCAGCGGCUCAGCCUCUAAUCACCCCAAACUCACCAUGCCUUCAUGUGGCAGUGGUGUUGGAGGCUUCCAGAGGUUCACAGGACAGAACCAACAUCCUCCUGGAGCGACGCCCACCUUAAACCAGCUGCUCACGUCUCCGGGGCCGGUGAGGCGCGGCUACAGUGGAGGAUAUUACGACUACAGCAGUAAAGAUUUACCCUCUCAGUUUGGGGCCCCGGGCCAUGGCUGGGGGGGACACACGGCUCACCCUGGAGGGAGCGCUGCGAGCGGUGCACAAAGCGUGAGCCGGAACCAGGUGGGCUCCAUGGACUUCAUGGCGAUUAAGCGCUCUCAGUUGUAUGGAAUGGGCAGUAGUCCAUACUCUCAGCAGCAGCAGGGCGUUCCGUACCCCAGCCAGGCAUACGGAUCUCCUUCUCCACACAGAUACCCGAUGGGAAUGCAGGGGAGAGGUCAGCUGGGCAUGAGCGGGAUGCCAUAUCCUCAACAACAGGUACCUCCUCACUUUGGCCAGCAGGGCAUGGGAGGGUACUGUCCGCAGGGCCAGCCAUAUUUCAGCCAGUCCCAGCAGCAGCAACAGCAGCAGCAGCAGCAACAGCAGCAGCAGCCUGUGACCCCCACACAGCCCCCCUACAUUCAGCCCCGCACCGCUCCACAGCAGGAGGCCCAGGAGAACUAUGGGAACAGGAGCCAUCCCGCUGGGAAUUCUGGGAAAUCCAACCAUGAUGAGAUAGGCCUGAUCCAACAGGACCGCCCCUCCAGCCUCCCGGACCUGUCCGGCUCCAUCGAUGACCUGCCUACAGGAACGGAGGCUGCCCUCAGCUCAGCGGUCAGCGCCUCUGGCUCCAGCAGCAGUCAGGGAGAGCAGAGUAACCAGGCUCAGUCUCCGUUUUCCCCCCAUACCUCGCCCCGCCUCUCCAGCAUGCGCAGCGGACCCUCGCCUUCGCCUGCCGCCUCGCCCGCAGGGUCUGGCCAGUCCCGCUCCGGACCAAUAUCCCCUGCCAGCGGCCCAGGCUCCCAGCUAGCCCCCCAGACCCCUGGGAACAUAUCUGACUCCCACUCUGCCAUCAACCAGACUGCCAUGUCUCAGGAGAGAGGGUUUUUGACCAACAUGCAGAGGAAUCAGAGCCAGUAUGGUCCUCAUUCAGGGCCAUCCGUGUCCCCACACCCUUCUACCGGGAGCCAAAUGCAGCAUGGUAUGAGUGGCUAUCAGCAGAGCAACUCCACUGGAUCCUAUGGACCUCCAAGUGGCCAGUAUGGCCCUCAAGGGAACUACACAAGACUGCCUGCCUAUGGAGGGAUGGCUAAUGCUAACUGCACUGGUCCGGGACCUGGUAUGACCAACAGUUUGGGAAUGAACUCCAGCAGCCCCAUGCAUGGACAGGGUCCAGGACAGCCCGUGUCCAUGGGUCGCAGCCCAGGAGCCGGCAAUCGACUCUACCCGGGCAGCGGGAACAGCAUGGCACCCACCUCUCCCAGCAUGCCCCAGUCCGCUGGGCCAGGGAUGGGGCCUCCUGUAGGAAACAUUAAUCGUAAAGCCCAAGAUGGCGCGACAGCUGCGAUGCAGAUAACAGGCUCUGCACAGGGGAGGCAGGGUGGUUAUUCUGGUAUGAUGGGUCCGAGCUCCUCGUACAGUCAGUCAGUGAGUAAUGCCACAGGGAUGAUGUCUCCACACGGCUCCACCUCCAACUCCUCUCCCUCAGGGCCUAUGGGUGAAGGUGGAGAGGUCCUAUUGGCUGCUGACUCCAAGCAGAAAGCUAACAGUAAAGAUGAAGGCGUCCCUCCUGCUGAACCCCCCAAACCCAAGGACGGUUACACCUCUCAGUGUGCGUCCCAGCCCCCCACCCCCUCGCCCCUGUCCCCCAGCCCCGCCAGCCUGUCCUCCUACCACGGGGACGACAGUGACAGCAUCAGCAGUCCAGCCUGGCCCAAAACUCCCUCCAGUCCUAAGCCUGGCUCUGCCACUAUGACCAAUGAGAAGAUCUCACGGCUGUAUGAGAUGGGAGGGGAGCCGGAGAGGAAAAGCUGGGUGGACCGUUACCUGUCCUUCAUGGAGGAGAGAGGCACACCUGUACCCCACCUGCCUGCCGUGGGCAAAAAAGCCUUGGACCUCUGCAAGCUCUACAUGGCUGUCAAAGAGUUGGGCGGAUUGGCCAUGGUGAAUAAGAAUAAGAAAUGGCGGGAGCUGUCCUCAACGCUGAGCAUGGGCACGUCCAGCACCUCUGCUAGCUCGCUGAAGAAGCACUACAUCCAGUACCUUUUUGCCUACGAGUGCAAAGUGGAGAGAGGAGAAGAACCUCCAUCUGACCCCACAGCAGACAGCAAGAAACAAGCCAAGAUCCAGCCUCCAUCACCUGCCAACUCCGGCUCUCUGCAGGGUCCUCAGACACCCCAGUCUACCGGCAGCAGCUCUAUGCCUGAAAUGCCCAAUGAGCUUAAACAUCCCACCCCGGCCACUACACCACAAGGACAGGUCAACAGCAUGCAGAGCAACAGGAAUAAUUCUAUAAGCAUCCAGGACCCCUUUUCAGAUGGCAGUGACCCUGCCUUCCAGAAAAGGAAUUUACUGAGCUCUGGAGGGCCCUAUCAAUCAAGCAUGAACAUGGACCCCAUGAUGAGGAUGCAGUUUGAAAAUAAGGACCAUUUUGCAGGAAUGAGGAAGGCUGCAGGUGGAGAGUCAUGCAUGCCAGGUCAAAUGCCCCCUGCUGGCAUGCAGGAUAUUUAUGGCAGGAGUGCCUCUGGUGGACCCAUGUCUGGGCUGAGCAUGGGCCAGCGUUCUCAGUAUCCUUAUGGACCUGGAUAUGAUCGGAGAUCAGACCAUGUAAUGGGGAUGGAAGGGAGCAUGGGACCUCCUGGGAAUCAAGGCAACAUGGGCCAUGCCAAUAGUGAUGGUAGCAUGUACUCUCCUAAUAGAUACCCAAAUCAACAAAGACAUGAUGGCUAUGGACAGCAGUAUCCAAUGCCAUACGGUGUCCACCCUCCAGGAAUGUAUCCUCAACAACAGGGCUACAAGCGUCCACUUGAUGGGAUGUACAGCCCUCCCGGAAAGAGGCAUGAAGGGGAGGUCUAUGGCAUGCAGUAUGGCGGUCCACAGCCUGACAUGUAUGGUCAAUAUGGGAGUAAUUAUCCUGACCGCCGGCCCAUACAGGCACAAUUCCCUUAUCCGUAUGGCCGGGACCGGCUGCAGAACACCAGCCAGGGACCUCAGCAGCAUCCUGUACAGCACAGCAUGAUGAGCGGGGGCCAUUCAUCAUCCACAGGCGAAGGGCAAACGCACAUGUGGCCCUCAAGGACAGAAAUGCCCUAUCCUUACCCUAACAGACAUGGGACGUCUAAUCAAGGUUCUCCAUAUCCAGGUGUGGGACGAGUGGAUGACCUGGAUGGAAUGAGAGUAGAAAACCAGUGGCCCGGGCAUCAGCGUCAAUCACCCUAUAUUCCCAGUCACUCUAACUCUAUGCCACCGUUGAGUUCACGGCAGCCUCCAUCCUCCUACCAGACCUCUAACCAUAUUUCUCACGACCCAAGCCCAGGCUCUUUCCAACGCUCCAUGGAAGCACACAUGUCGCCUAAUAAAGCUGCCUUUAUGCAGUCAAUGAAGAUGCACAAGCCAGGAAUGCCCAUGCCAGGUGGGUCAGGUAGUGGACUCCCAGGCCAGAUGCCACCCAACUUGAGGAGAGACCUCAACUAUCCACUGGGGUCUGUGGAGGGAACCCAGCCUCACCUAAAACCUCGGCGCAAAAUGACCUCAAAAGACACUGGAACCCCAGAGGCCUGGCGAGUGAUGAUGUCUCUCAAGUCUGGUCUGCUGGCAGAGAGCACAUGGGCUCUGGACACCAUCAACAUCCUCUUGUACGAUGACAGCACUGUGGCAUCCUUCAACCUGUCUCAGUUGCCUGGAUUCCUUGAGCUUAUUGUUGAGCAUUUACGAAGAUGUUUGAUUGAGAUCUUUGGGAUCCUGGAGGAAUAUGAGGUGGGCACCCUUGGCCAAAAGACUCUGCUUGGUCCAACUGAGGAUCAAAAAGAGGACGACUCCCCCAUUCCGGAGAACACCUGUGAGCCAGAGUCCAGCCAAGAGGCUGGACAGAAAGACUCUGUAGAGGUUCCAUCUGCUCUUUCAGAGGCAGACCCGAAAGAGGAGGGUGAUCGCAAAAAGGACUUAUUGAUAAAGGAGAAAGAUGAGAAGGAUGAACAGGGGUGUGUAAAGGAAUCUGAGGAUAUUACAGAGCCUCUUGAGGGCCAGUCAUCAUCCUCGGUGCCUGAGCCAAGGCCCAAACAGGCCAGCAAGUAUGAUAAGCUGCCGGUGAAGAUUGUGCACAAAGAUGACUUCGUAGAAGACAUUUCUGAUGAGCUUGGCCAUGUGCAGGAGUUCACUAGCGGCCUACUUCACUGGAAAGCAGGUGGGGGGGACUCCACAAGCCACAUCCAGACACACUUUGAGAUUCGUGGCGAGAGUGUUCAAGGUCCGCAACUCGGCUAUGCUUUAAAAUCAGAGGAGGUGGAUAACAGCCGAGUUGCAACUAUAGAUGACGUGCUAUGCCCCAGAGCAAGGGCACUCUCUGAGGGAGAAAACCCUUCUACCUCCUUGAGCAAUGCCUCAUAUCCAUUCCGUUUUCAUGAGAACCAAAAAGGGAUCACUUUGCUGGAGGAUGAGCCACACUGUCCUGACGAGGCUCCACUGUCCACAGCGGCCAGCUGGCAGGACUCUCUGGCCAAACGCUGCAUAUGUGUCUCUAACAUCAUCCGCAGCCUGUCCUUCAUCCCUGGAAAUGAUACUGAGAUGUCAAGGCAUCCGGGUCUGGUGCUGAUCCUUGGUCGGCUGCUGUUGCUACACCACGAGCAUCCAGAGAGGAAGAGGAGCGUCCCGACCUACGAGAAAGAUGAGCUCCCCAAGGAGGAACAGGGCCUGGCCUGUAGCAGGGACGAAUGGUGGUGGGACUGUUUGGCAGCUUUGAGAGAGAAUACCAUGGUUACCUUGGCCAACAUUGCUGGACAGCUGGACCUGUCAGUCUACCCAGAGAGCAUCUGCCUUCCUAUCCUGGAUGGUCUUCUCCACUGGAUGGUGUGUCCUUCAGCAGAGGCCCAGGACCCCUUUCCUUCAGUAAGAUCACAUUCUCAGCUUAGCCCCCAGAGGCUGGUGCUGGAAUGUUUGUGCAAGCUCAGUGUCCAGGACGGCAAUGUUGAUUUGAUCCUGGCCACGCCACCCUUCAGCCGGCAGGAGAAACUCUUCGCCACACUGGUGCGGCAGGUUGGAGAGAGAAAGCAGCAAGUUUUCAGAGAGAUGGCCGUGGCCAUUCUGUCCAGCCUGGCCAGAGGGGACUGCUCAGCAGCACGUGGCAUCGCUGUGCAAAGAAGCAGCAUUGGCAACCUCAUAGGCUUCCUAGAGGACGGCAUCGCCAUGACUCAGUAUCACCAAAACCCACAUAGCCUCCUCCACAUGGGGCAUCCUCCCAUGGACCAGCCCAGUGUAAACAUGAUGUGUCGAGCUGCCAAAGCACUUCUGGAACUGGCCAAGGUGGAGGAGAACAGGCCUGAGUUUGUGCUUUAUGAAAGCAGGCUGCUGGACAUAGCCAUUUCCACUGUGCUCAAUACAAGCGUGGUGGCCGUUAUCUGUGAAAUACUCUUUCACCUCGGCAAGUCAUGACAGAGAGCCGGACUACACAAAUGACACGGAUGAGGCACUUUUAUAUUUAUAUUUAAACAAAAAAAACUUGGUUUAUAUAUGACUAUAUGAAAUAAAUCUAUAUGUAUAGCUUCUGUGCCGAAUUAACACUUUCAUUUGGGGAUUUUAGAAAAUGAUUUUAAUACAGAUGUUUAAUAUUGCUGUUUGAAUGUUUGUCUCUUGUUUAUUUUGUUUUUAUUUUAGUAACCAAAGGUAAUGUCUGACUUUUGGUUCAGAGGAUCUACGACGAUCUCCCGGCCCCCUCCCCUUCGCUCUUUAUAAACUUUUGAAAUUUUCUAAAUGUACAUUAUCAGUAUCUGUGGAUUUGUUUUUGAAAGCAAAAUUAUUUAAGAUUUGAGAAUAUUGUAGAUAGAGCUUCUCUUUGGCAUUUCAGAUAAAAGAAGCUUGCUUUUGCUCAUUUUGUUAUAUCCAUCUGAAAAAAUGAAUUGUGCAAUAUUAUGGUGCAAAUCGCCUGUUCAAGGCAAGAGAGAUGUGAUUUUUUUUCCCAUAUUUAUCAUGCACAUUAUGUGUUUUGCCAGGGGGUGGCAGUAUUGUAUCAGUUAUUAAAAAAAAGAUAAUCUUGGACUGAUUUUUAUUAUUUGCCUCCUUGAUGUCAUAUCCAUUGCUAUCAUUAACAAUGGAUGUAUGUAUUUAACACUUAUUUUACCUUAUUUACAUUUUUAACCCCAAGGUACUGCUGUGUAAAAUGUUGUACAUUGUUUUUACUGUUAGUGUUUUGUUUUGUUUUUCUUUUCAUUUCAUUUUUGUUUUCUCACAAAUGUGGUAACUACAAAGUGAUUGUAGUUUGUAAAGAUGAAAUUACUGUUCUUGUUGUUACAUCUAUGAUAAUUAUUGGUAUGAAUAUUUUGUUAAUGGGGUCAGGUUUUUGAGCAAGGGUAGUGACUAUGUUCUGUCUGUAUAAAGUUUCUGUACGCUCUGUAUAGUAGCUGACCACCGAUCAGGCUUUGGUAAUCAUGUGUUGAAGUGCCAUGGUCAGCAUAUUACUUGUUAAAAUUACAUGGAAAUACAUGGAAAUGGACAGCUAAUGCAAAAUCUGUUUUUUUUAUUCUCCCGGGAUCCUGUAGUUAAAAAUAAA